AUGCCCCGGGCCAUGGCGUCGAGUUCACCAUCCCCUUCCAACGCGACCGUGCGUUCUACAAGUAAGCGACGGCAGCCAACCGAGAUUAACUUCGCGGCACUUUCCCCGCCCGCUGGCAGUCUCAGCUCCGAAGGCGACGACGCCACCUCGAAGGACCUAAAAAACAAGCUACAACACGACGAUGCCUCUUCUUCCCCACGAUCAGCCGCAACCGAGGCGGCCCUCGCCCAGUGUGGGAUGGACGCCUUCAACCUGCAGAACCCGACCGCCCCGCCGCUCUCGAGGGGGACCUCUACCGCGUCGUGGACGGCGCGGCACAGGCGAAAGCGGAGCGACUCCACGUCCUCUCUCGACGUUACGGGCCCUCGAGCACCCGGAAGCAAUCAGCAGCAGCAGCAACAACAGCCUCAAGGGAAGGCCGCGAAGCCGCUGCCACCGUCCAAGCACGGCAGACCGAGGGGGAUCCCAAACGACGUCAGUGGCAGCACCUACCCGUUCGUGAGGCAGCAAGCGGCAGGGCAAGGAACGGACGGGGCCGCCGCUCAGCGUGUCAUCAAACCCCACCGGCCCGUGAUGUCGCGGUACUGCCGGUACACCUUCUACUUGCGGGACGCGCUCGACACCGUCGACGCCGACGUGGACGGGGUCGGCGCGUGCUGCGGCCUAUGCAGGGCCCCGCCGCAGCUGCCGUGCCUCGCCUGGGUGUUCCCGUGCUGCGCUUACCCCGAGGAGCUGGAACAGGCCCGUCGUGAGUCUAGCUACUUUGUCAUUCGCGACACCUCGGUGGAAUUCAACAACCCGAAGGUGGUCAUGGGUUCCAGGCCGUCGGUGGCCAGGGUCGCGUCGGCCGACAGCGCGCACGGGAACGGGCAGUACAGCGGGGCCUGCGGAUGCACCUUCCACGUCCGCGACGACGCCCGCGUGCUGUACUUCGACGACCCGACCCUGGAGGACAUGACGCCGGUGUUCCCGGGGGGUGGCGGUUGUAGUCGCUUUUGCUGCGGGCGACGGCCGUCCACGGGGGCGAGGCUGAUGGCCGAAGCUCGGCAGCUGCUGUGCGGCGGGCGGGGGCAGGCCGUGCGGGUGCAGAGCCGGGUCUGCUGCGGCGCCUGUGUCCGGGCGAGGGGGCUCCUGGGGCUGCCGUGCGUGCCGUCGUGCUGCGCGUGCGCGUGCCGGUCGGCGACGCUACGGUACGACAUGCCGGCCAAGGACGCCGUGACGGCCGCUACAAAGAUUUGGCACGCGCGAAACAACGCUCUGACCAAGAUGCGAGAGGUAGGCGAGGCCCAAGCGGCCGUGCCGUGCGGCCAGGCCUAAAAACGCAGCAUGGCUGCGGCUGAAGACAAAAGCUCUUCGGCCUAUGGAACACACACCUUCCUCAUUAAGAGAGAGAGAAAAAGUGCCCGCAGUUUUCUGGUUGGCCAAUUCUUUCGGCCGGAAAUUUUCUUCGAAAGAAAAUCAUGGUCGACGGGUGACGACACUCACGCUCAUGGGGCCGCCUUUCGGCGAAAUUCAAAAUCUGGAUUUUUCCCGUGAGUGACAAAUUGAGUUGGUUGAUGGCAGCUUCCUCAAUGAGUCACUCGCGAGAACCGCCAACCUCACUUUCUUGUGCCCUGGAGGAACGCAUUUAUUCAUCAUGGCCGCACCGAUCCGUGCUUGUCUGGUGAUGGUCAACCGUGCAUUCCCACCCCUCGAUGGGGAGAUUUUAUGUUGUACCCACACGACACGACAGAUCGAUGUCACCAACACCACCACUCACUGAGGUUGAUGCUCGAGUAAAUUCAAAGCCAAAAGCGAGAGAAAAAGAUGUGUUGAAACGUGUCAACAAGGAGAUGGCACGGUCGUUUUCGACUGCUACUGUGCCAUCACAACCCUCCACCAGCAGCAGCAGUCAUGGAUGGUGCUACGUGGAGCAGACCAAGCUGCCCGUACAUACCACGAGUGAUAAAAACCCGCGCGCAGCUCAUCACUGAUGGAGGAGGCGUUUCAAGAGGGUUCACCCGAACCAAAAGCGGAACCCUUUUUUGGAACCUGCUCUCUGUCGCUUUUAAUUCAAAUUGGCUCCCUCAUCACUCGAAGGGAGAGUUGCCAAAUCAAGCUAUCACACCGCUUGGGUGGGUUGAAGAUCUCAAAAUGAUAUCUUCCUCGCGUCUUAUCUCGGGUUUCGUAGUAUGGAGGCUGGUAGACAGCCAAACAGGGAGCUUUCUCU